AUGGAGGACAGCAUGAUGCUCGGAGUGGAGGGGAUCAAGAAGACCAUUCUUCAUGGCGGGUCUGGUGAAAUACCCCGGUUUGUCACCGGAAGCAAGGUGACCUUCCACUUUCGCACGCAGCUGUGUAAUGAUGAACGAACAGUGAUAGACGACAGUAAGAAAGUGGGCAUGCCCAUGGAGAUUGUGAUUGGGAACAUGUUUAAACUGGACGUCUGGGAGACCCUGCUGGCCUCCAUGCGUAUCGGAGAAGUGGCUGAAUUCUGGUGUGACAUCACUCACACUGGUCUUUAUCCCAUGGUGGCAAAGAGCCUGCGUCGUAUCGCGGAGGGUAAAGACCCAGUUGACUGGCACAUCCAUACGUGUGGCAUGGCCAAUAUGUUUGCCUAUCACACCCUGGGCUAUGAGGACCUGGAUGAGCUACAGAAAGAGCCGCAGCCUCUGUACUUUGUUCUGGAGCUACUUAAGGUGGAUCAGCCGAGUGAGUAUGACAGGGAGUCGUGGGCUCUGAGUGAUGCUGAGAGACUAAAGGCUGUACCUGUUCUCCAUGGCCAAGGCAACAAGCUCUACAAGACGGGCCGCUAUGAAGAGGCCACACAUAAAUACAAAGAGGCCAUCGUGUGUAUUAAGAAUGUGCAGUCAAAGGAGAAAGCAUGGGAAGCCCCUUGGCUGAAGCUAGAGAAGAUGGCCAACACACUUACUCUGAAUUACUGUCAGUGUCUGCUCCGCAUGGAAGAAUACUAUGAGGUCAUUGAACACACCUCUGACAUCAUCAAUCAGCACCCUGGCACGAUGAAGGCUUUCUAUUUGCGAGGGAAGGCACACAUGGAGGUGUGGAACGAGGCAGAAGCCAAGGCAGAUUUCGAGAGGGUUCUCGACUUGGACCCUGGCAUGAGGAAAGCCAUCAGGAAGGAGUUGGCUGUGCUUAGCAUGCGAAUGGAAGAGAAGAAUGAAGAGGACAGACACAAGUAUAAAGGCAUGUUUGACUCCCAAAACCAGAAAUCAACAGCCAGCCUGGAACAGGAAUCAUAG